ACCGUUACAUCCCGGCAACAAAUUUCAAAAAUCUGAAAAAGUGUCACACACCCAAAAUAAAGCAAAAUUCCACCCAACACCUUUUUCAUUUUCCCUUUAACAAAAUUUCUCAUUACAAUACACAACAUUACCCAUUCCAUAUUCCCUUCAAAAAUUCCUCAAAACUCAACAAAAAAAAUGGGUUCUUGCAUUAGCAAAUGCAAACCUAAGAAGAAAUCCAAGGAAGAAGAUGUGGUAGUACAAGACAAGGUCGCAAUCUCAAGAGAUCCUCCCCCGACCGAAAUUACCAUAAUGCCCCAACACAAGCCUCUCUCCCCAACUUCUUCCACAGCUUCUUUUUCGUCAUUUUCAUGCUCCACCGCCGCUACAUCAGCUUCCUCGCUGUCUUCCUCUUCUUCGUCUUCUUAUUCGACUAACUGUCUAUCGAAAGACCGCUCUUUCUCGAACGAAUUCCUGAGGUCUUGCGCCAAGGAAAAUUCACCCGCUGUUGCCGGACUUAACGUCGACAAAACGGCGUUAUUUUCUAACAAGAUUCCUUCUCGGAAUCUCCCUCCGUCGCCGGUGCCAGUGGCUAAGAAGAGGGCGCGUGCGGCCUCUCCGACCCUGGUGAGGCAGAAGAGCUUCAGAAAAGAGAAGAAUAUGGGCCUCCGGUCGCCUUCUCCGAGCCGGAGAUUCAACGGCGACGGUAACAGAAUCUUUCCAUCUCGGGAAAGUGGUUAUAACGGGAAACCGGCUGUGUCCGGAGGGAGUAAAAGGGUAAGUUUUGGAGGGGCGGUUCCGAAAAGGGAAAGUUUUCGGGCUCCAAAGGCUGAAUUGAGCACGAGGCGUGUGUAUUCUUCGGUGAGGAAAAUUGAUGGAUUUUGUGAGCAUAUUAGUAGUAAGAUUGAAGGUAAAGAAAUAGAUGCUGUGAUGGAGGAUAUUGAUAAUCCUCAUAUUGCCUUGGAUUGUUUCAUUUUUCUCUGAUUUUUUUUGUUAGGUUUUGCAUGGAUUUUGUGUGCUCUCAUCAUUUUGUGUUUAUACACUUUUUUUUAAUCUUGGUGUGCUGUUUCUAUUGUUUAGGGGCACUUGUUGUAAGUUCUAAGCUCGUGAAUAGUUCUGUUUUCUUAUAAUUAAUUAGGAGUAGUAGUAUUGUAAUCCUUAGUUUCAUAAAUUGAAAAGUGAAAAGAGUGUAUUGUCCCUUGUUCAAAAUUUUAUUUAUUUUCUUGUUAGAAUUGGAGGUUGAAUGUUGUUUUUGAGUUUGAUGAGCUAAAUUUCAUGUUAUGAUGCUACCAUCAUAAUAAAAAACAAUGUUUACUCAACACAAAAAUAAUCGUUAUAACACAAAAGUGAUUGGACGUAAGCGGAAAAUACUGAACACAUAAUAAUACCAAACAACAAUUCACUUAGCUUUCUUUGUUGAAAUAGUAGUAGUAGUAGUAGUAGUAAUUAAAAAUGGAAAAUUAUAUACCGGGGUGUCAUGUUUUGGAUUGGUUGUGAUCCAUCACCAUCUCCAUUGAUUUAAAAGGGUUAGGAGAUGCAGCGAAGGAAUUAGUGUCUCUGGAUGGAGAUGAGGGUGGAGGAAUCUUCUUGGGCAGCAUUUCUUCCCAAUUAUAUGGCUUCCCUAAUUUUGAUUCUGUCAUCAAAAUAACACCAAUUAUACUCAAAACCACACACUUCUGCCUCCAUGAA